UAGGUAUCCAAGAAUAUAAUAAAUCGUAUGUAGCAUAGUUGAAAAACCAAUUUUCAUCAAAAAGCCCGUGUAGAAAUUUGAAGAGUAAUGCAGUAAUUUCUUUGUGCUCCAAACAGAAAAAGAAGAGUUGUGUAGCAAAUCAUCGGAUCAAUUUCCGUCACUGCUCGCCAGAGGAGGCACAAUCUUGAGAGCUCGUGAUGAGAAGGCGCUAGGUUCCCGCUGCAAACUACGGUUCGGCGCGACCGUGAGGUCUGCCGGUGCCGCUACUACCGGCCAUGUCGAGCCCGCUUGUCUGCCGCCAUGCCCGCGACAAGGUCGCCGGGCAGAGCGCCUGCUGCAUGCACAGUUAGAGUAUCAACCCUUUUUUAUUGUGAGAUAAGUUGGAGUGCCAACCGGUGGCCGAUUUUAAUCAGGCCCGGUUGUGUCUGUGCGGUGCUUAGUUUGGACCGGCUGGCAUCCUGGCCUACAUAUGGGCCACUUAACCGCGCACGAGUAGGUCAGCUGCCCAAAGCUCCGCCGCCGUUUCUCCUCGAUCUUCGCCCCCGUACACGUGAGGAUGGAUCCGACGGAAGCCCUGCCCGACGACGCGCUCGCCAACAUCCUCCGCCGCCUCGAGCCCUGCGACCUCGCCGCCUCCCGCUGCGUGCGCAAGGCGUGGUGCGCCGUCGUCGACGCCCAUCGGCUGAUGCGCCCGCACAUCCUCCCGAGCUCGGUGCGCGGUCUGUUUGUCAACUACAUCGACUACAAUCGCCCACGCUUCUUCGCCCGCCCCACCACGAAGCGGCCCUUGAUCAAUGGCGAUCUUGGCUUCUUGCCUGGGUACAACAGGGAUUUUGAGCCAAUCCUGGAUCACUGCAACGGCCUUCUUAUCUACGGUACUCAGUGGAGGGAGUUCUUCUGCGUCGUUAACCCCGCCACGAGACGGUGGGAGCGUCUCCCGUGCCCCGAUGCAAGCAACUACAACACAUACCUCGUCUUUGAUCCUGCCGUCUCACCGCACUAUCAAGUGUUCAGGAUUCCAAUGGUGCCUAAGAAAAUUAUCCAAAAAGUCCAACGAGUGCCUGACAAGAAGCCUAAAAAGCAAAGUCAGUUCUCAGGACCAUAUUGCCUGCUUGAGUUAUUCUCGUUGCCGGACGAUAUUCCGGCACUCGAUAACUUUGAAGAGGAGCACGAAGAUGAACGACCAUCGGAAUUGUCAAUGGAACAUACCAUUGAAGAGGACGACUUACCAGCAAUAUUCGUGCCGUCACCAACUGAGUGUAGUGGCAAGCAGGAGGAUCCAGAUGAAUUGGUGGAGUGGCCACCAUCCUCAUGGAUGCUGGAUGUGUUCUCCUCUAGUACAAAACAGUGGCAAAAGAGGUUGUUUGUCCGUGAAGGCGAGGCUUUGGAGACAGUGGCCUCUGUGCGGCUAGAUAGGUUGGAACCAACAAGCUGGGGGCCGAGGUGGCGCUACGGUGUGUACUGGGAAGGAGCACUCUAUGUUCAUUGUCGUGGCGCAUUUGUUGUGAGGUAUAUACAUUGGAAAGGCUUAUACAAGUUGUUUUUACAAGAUGGAAAGUACCAACUAGUCAAAACGCCAAUAGAUAUUGAGGAAAUCAAACGUGCAGAACCUUGUCUUGGGAAAUCGAAAAAGGGGGUUUACUUUGCAACAAUCCACGACGAAUAUCAACUUCGGGUUUGGAUUCUCAACGAAUCAGGUGGUCAGAUGUCUUGGGAGUUGAAGCAUCACAUUGAUCUUACUCCAUGGGGGACAAUAUAUUUGAAUCAGCCCAAGGGAAUUGAUCGCAACACUUGGUUCUUACAUGGCGAUAAUGAUGAAGAUGGAUUGCCCAGGAGUGACAAUUUUGAAUGGAACUCUGAUGACGAUAACGUCCUGAAUAUUGAAGAUGAUUAUGAAAAUUACUAUGGCUGUGUUGCUAUCCUCGGAUUUCACCCCUAUAAAGAGAUUGUUUUCUUGAGUGUAUCAUCAUUUAAAGGAGUGGCUUAUCAUCUAAAUAGCUCAAAAGUCCAGUACCUGGGAAAAUUACGCCCAAAGGAUUAUUAUCAGGGACAUUCAAAUGGCAUAUAUGAAUCAUUUCCAUACACCCCUUGCAUGGUUGGGGAGCUCUCAGAAUGUGCUUGAGAUUAUUCCUUCAGUGCUUGGUUUGGG